AUGCCAAUUCCCAUAACCGCGUUAACCGCGCAACUCAAACCCUCAUCUCACAACCAAAAAAUACUCACAGAAUUGGCGGUUCUGUUCAACGCCUUCUUGAACCCAUCCCAGGACAUGAUUGCACACCAAUCGAAAUAUUACCGAACAAUCCAACGAAAAGAGACGCUAAUAAACCGAAUUAUCGCCUCAAUUGAAACAAUAGAGUCAGUGUUGAAAAAGGACGUCAAGAGCGAAUUUAUAAUCAGCUUCAGUGACCAAGUCUCAGGGGAAAAGGAUUCGAUGCUUGUCGGUUUGGACGUCACGUGA